CCAUUUCUUAUCUUGCAUUUAUUAAAUUUUUUUCAGACCGGAUCGAGGUUCUUGGUGCAAUGGGAAACGAUGUCAUAAAUAGAUUAGAGCUGAACCUUUGAGCUGCCUGGAUCAAACCGUUUCUCCUCAAGGCAGGCAGGCAGGAAGGAGGGCUUUGGACAGGGCCCAGCCAAGUCCCAGCUUUAAAGACGCAGCUGCCGGGAGUGCCUCUCUUUAGCUCCACCUGUGGCCUCUUCGCUCGGCCAGCCACCGCCGCUAGCAGGAGGGAAAGAGCAAAGGUGCGCUCGGCUUUCGCAACAUUCUCCUGAUUCCUGCUGGAGGCCAUUCGAGUGCUAUGACCGUCGGGGCCAGGGUGGGGGGCACUCUGAGAGCCAGGGGGCUCCGGCAGGGGCUCGCAGAAGACGAAACCGCCAUCCUGGAGGAGGAGGAGGAGGAGACGGCCGAGCAGGAGCAAGGCAAGAGGGCGCCGAAGUGGCAAACCGAGGAAGAGUCCUCCGGCCGCUCCUCCAAGCAAGUCGCGUUUGCCAUCCUACCGGCCCAUUACAAGCCCCUCGGCGCGGAUGGGGAACAGCAAGCGCAGGAGGCCUCAGCCGAGCGCAGAAGCAGAAAGCGCAGGAGAAAGCUCAAGAAAUACGGCAAGAAUGUGGGCAAAGUGCUGCAGAAAGGAUGCCGUUAUGUGGUGCUUGGCCUGCAAAGCCUUGCCAAUGCCUACUCAUCGCCCUUUGGAGUAGCUGCUUCGGUAGCAACACUGUUUCGGUAGACCAGUGGCCCUCUUCUUUCAAGAUGGAAGAAAAAAGAAUUCAUCGCCAAGGUGCAUGCCAUCUUCCCCUUUAAUGUCUUCAGAAUUGACAGCAUUUCAGCAAUAAGAAAAGGAUCAGACCAGAACAUUUGGAGAGCAUGGCUUGAACCAGUUCCUUACAUUUGUCAGAAAUUAAGUUAAUAUUAGAUCAGAUAAUGAGUCAGACCAAAGGAACAGCAUUUUGAUUAAUGAGUCAGAUCUUGUCCUUUAAAAAGACAGUCAGAUUGUCCUUUUUCAAAGCCUUCGAUUAUGGAGAAAGAGGGGGAAAGUAAGUCAAAGUGAGAGAAAGAAAAUGGUUAAAAGAAGGAAGGAAGAAAAUAGAGGGAAAGAGAAAAAGUUUCCUCCUUUUUGUUCCAUGAUGAUCUGGCAUUUAACAGGGGCAGUGUUUCCUAUCACUGCUUCUCCCUGUCAGGGAAAGAUGCACCUGUGGUGUUUUUACAUAUUAUUAGCACAGUGGAAACACAUCCAGAAUUUGGCAGCCUCAGAACAAGUUGGAGACAAGAAGUUUUGCUUUAUUAGACAGAAAAAGAGGCAAAGCAAGGCCUAACUUCUACUGGGUUUCAGACAAUCUGUUUCCAAUUACCUCGCAGCAUGGUUCUCAGUAUGAGGUAGGCCUCCCUAGCAGGAUUACCAAGAUCAUACUGGAGAGACCUGUAUCUUUAAGGGGGAGCUAUAGAAAGAAAGCUUUGUCAGGUGCAUCUUCUCCUCAGCACAGCCAUCAACAUGAUGGUAAAAGCCAUACUGGUGAAAUUCUCUACUAUUCCCAGUGGUAAAAUAAUAAGCCUUCGAGGAAGAGCUCUCAGAAUAUGGGCUUGAAAAGAUGCAAAAAGGCAAUUUCUGAGGAAGCUGAAUAUUGAACUCAUGAAACUACCUCAUACUGAAUCAUACCAUUGGUCUAUCAAGGUCAAAAUUGUCUACUCUGAUAGACAGCAGCUCUUCAGGGUGUCAGGUAGAAGAGGUCUUUCACAUCACCUGCUACUUGAUACUUGGAAGUAGAGAUGCCAGCGAUUGAACCUGGGACCUUCUGUAUUGCCAGGCAAAUGCUCUACAGCUGAACUGUGGUUCCUUUCCAUUACCCCUUCCAUUAUGCCUCAACCAGAUAAUAUACCAGUACAAUGCAGGAAAGCAGUACAAGGUAGAAAGCAAGGUAUUCAUUGGAUUGGGUAGGAUUCUGGGCUUAUUGAUGAUGGGCAGGAUACACAUGGAAUAAUACAUUGGCAUUUAGCAUAGUCCAGUUGUGUCCAAAAUCAACCCACCGAAUGCUGACCAUAGUAAUCCUUUCAGAAUGGAUGGGGAUUGUAACAGCAAGUUUGGUGCCAAAGCUAUGCAGAUACAUUAGAAUGUGUGCAUAAAGUAUGUACAUUUGCAUAGUGUCUUUUGGUAUAGAGUCUGAUGGAGGGAGUGGUUCUUGAAAGCUUUACUCUCAAAAUCUUGUUGAUCUCUAAUUUACUACUGAACCUGAACCCAGUGGCAUGUGCAGAUCUUUCCAGGUGAUCAGGAACAUUAUCACAAGCAGAGACUAAGGGAAGCACAGUAGAAAGAGCCUGUAGAGCAAAUAUGUUAAGACGUUUCAAGCCACAUGAGCCAUCUGUUUAGAUGCUUCAGCAAAUUAAAUGACAUAAACCUGUAAAAGCAAAGCACAUACCAUGUUUAUGUUCACUAAGGAAACUUUUGUGGAUGUGGGAGGUUGAAUUGUGGUACUGCAAUUUCAGCAGCGCUAUCUGUGUAUGUGGGACUGGGAUGUAUGAUCCCAGCAUGUAAUUGAACUCGUCUGCAUGCCAUAACAUGGGCACCAAAAAUAAGAGAUCAGAAUCAUGUAUCACUGUGCAAUACAUUAAGCACUAAGCUAGAUUUCUGGGGCUGUUUUACUGCCAUUGAAAGGUUUUGACCUAUUGUAAACAAGCCUGUUGAGGCAACCCUAUAGACAUCACAUAUCAUGAGGCAGAAUUUCCCACCAGAGACUAAGCCACCUUUGGCAAAGUGUAAUGGCCUUAGGCUAAUGUUAUAAUAAAUGUACCAUCCUUUGGAAGAUAAUUCUGUGACUUUUUGCUCAGCACCACAAACUACUGGAAAAAUAUACAGUGUAUCUUUAUUAGAUAACAACCCCUUACCCCUUAUAAUGGCACUUGAGGUUUAUGUAAGUCCAACAAAUAAAAAACUUUAUUAGAUAA